AUUUAGCCAAUAACAAGUGGCCAAGUGAAACAAACGAAGUACGAGUUUGACGUGUCGCAGGUUUGUGUUUUGUUUCAUUUGUUUAUUAUCACCACACGUAAUCAUAGAUGCGAAAACCAUCGCACAGUUAAGUUAGAAAUGUGUUCAAGUUACAUUCUAGGCUCACUACUACUUCUGUUUAGUUAUACGCGGCCAACAAACGGCUGCAAAGGCUGCGUUUCAUUGGACGAGUACAAUUUUGAUAAGAUUGUUUCGAGAUUUGAUGCGGUUUUGGUGAAAUUCGACGUGGCUUAUCCCUACGGUGAGAAACACGAUGUUUUCACCAAACUUGCCGAAGAACUCGCCCAAAACGACAAACUCAUACUCGCCGAAGUCGGCGUCAAGGACUACGGCGACAAGGAAAACGAACAAUUGGCCCUUAAGUUCGGGGUCGGAAAGGACGAUUUGCCCGCAGUUAGGCUCUUCGUCAAGGGCAAGGCGCCGGUGGAAUUCGCCAAAAGUGCCGAAUGGACUGUGGAUAACUUGAGGAACGUUGUGAAGGACAACACCGAUAUCUACCUUGGACUUCCCGGCUGUCUGGAAAAGUUUGAUAAACUGGCAAUGGAAUUUGUCAAUACGGGGUACAAGCAGAAAAAACUGGAAGAAGCCCAAGCAAAAGCCGCCGAAUUGACCGACAAGGAGAAGGAAACAGCGGCCGUUUACCUUAAAUAUAUGUCGAAAAUUGUCGAAACUGGGUCGGAGUUCGUCACCCAGGAGCUGGGGCGUUUGAAGAGAAUCCUGAAGGAGGGCAAAGUGAACGAGCAGAAGAAAGCCGAACUGAGCACCCGUCUGAACAUUUUGCGCUCAUUUUCCCUACCCAGAAACGAAUUGUAACUAAAAUAAACGCCUUUCCUUA